AUGAAAUCUGAUUUAAAUUCCAUCGGCCCUUUUCACCAUGGCAAGGAAAACCUAAGAGCGAUGGAAACACAUAAGUGGCAGUAUCUGCAUUCAUUUGUAGAUCGAAAACCUGAUAUAACCUUGCCAGAAUAUGUCAAAACUAUGAAGCAGAUUGAAGAAAGAACACGCCAAUGUUAUUCAGAAAGCAUCAGUACCAAUAGUGAUGAAUUUGUAACAAUGAUGCUAUUUGAUGGAUGUUUCAUGCUCGAAUUUCUCCUCAGAAAUUUGCCACUUGAGCCGAGUCAUAGAGAAGAUCCUGUGUCUAGUACCGACUGGUUGUCUAGUGCCCUAAAAUGUGACUUUAUACUGCUUGAAAAUCAGUUGCCCUUCUUUGUUCUUGAGUGUUUGUACAAAUUAACCAAGGAGAUGGAUACCAUUCCCUCAUUAAAAUUUUUCGCUUUUCCUUUUCUCAUUGGACAGUCUCUUCUGCGGAAUAUGAUUUGCUUUGAACAAUUACAUUGUGUUGCCCCUAGAUACAUCACAGAUAAUGCAAGCCUCUUGGAUAGCUUCAUUGACUCUGCCAAGGAUGUCAUACUGCUACGUGAGCAUGGUAUUAUCAAAAGCUUGUUAGGAGACCAUGAGCAGGUGUCUUUACUUUUCAACAAACUUGUCAAAGAGGUAAACAUUGAUGCUGGUGAUUUUUAUUUUUCUGAUAUCUGUCAAGAUUUGAAUGCGUAUUAUAGGGUUAUUUGGCAUUCAUGGAAGGCAAAUUUGAGACAUACUUAUUUCAACACGCCAUGGUCAGUGAUUUCAGUUCUUGCAGCAGCUGUGCUGCUUGUUCUUACAUUGUUACAGACCACAUUCACCAUCAAAUCUUCUCAUUGAAUUUAUAUCCGUUGUUCUAAUCAAUUACUUGAGUAUUCAACAUUGGAGGUUUUGUUCUGGUUCUGGAAUGAUUCGACUUAUGGGAUGUGGUCAGUAACAUGAAGAAAUUGCAUGCAAGAUUCGAAGUGUUCUUGAACAGCAUCAUCACUGAACACCUUUUGGCAUUAGGUGUGGCAAUGGGCCCCAAACAAGGAUUUCUUAAAUAUCCUGAGUUCGGAUCAUCUGGAAUGCACAUUUCAGGGAUUGCCCUGCAUACAACAUUUAGACAGGGAAAAAAAUCAUUGAAGGGGUGUUUUGAACUGAAGUGCCUUUUGAUUUUUCUUUAUCUGAAUGAACUUGAUAUUGUAAUAAUGGUGCUGGAGUUUUGUAUAUAUCCCAUUUAAUAUC